CCCUUUGUCCCUUGCUGUAAUAUGAUGAUUUGGGUAUCUAUGUGAUCGCAGAACUCUUCUGGAUCUUUUCUUGCCUUCAUCCUUGCUCGAAUAGAACUGGGAAGGUGUUGUAUUUGGCCAUGAAACAUUCGGAUGAAUCCCCAACGCGAGUGCUCGCCGACAACGGGCUCGCUCGUGGCAAUCAUGCAGGGCAACUCGUAGAUCCAGGGUCCAAAACUCUGCUAGCCGCAUUUGUAAUCUCGUAAUUACUUAUCGAGUGCUGCGUUAUGGCGAUUGGCCGAAAUUGACGGAAAGGACACUGGAGGAACGCUACUCGUACUUUUCCGGCAAGGAGCGACAAUGUGCUCCAUUUGGAAGAGCCUCGUGGCCGAAGCCUUGGAUAUGUUAUGUGUUGUUGUCGUUGUGUGUCACGGUCAUUGGGUGUCGUGGGAAGUAUCGAGGGACCUCCGUGGCAUCUCGACCGUCUUGAUAGCGACUCGAGAGGUAGUACGUGGGCUUCUAAGGGCACAUCUGGUAGCUGCAAGUUUUUUGUCAUACAGUCAAUCAAAUCAUGGAGGCACCGAGGUGGUCCCUAGACACUACCUGCAUUCGAACACGACCCACGAUUGAAACAUGGCGGGCCAGUCCAGG